AUGGAGAAAGUGGAUCAAAUCAACAAUCCUGCUAGUCCUUACUACUUGCACCCAGGGGAGAAUCCUGGUGCCUCCCUUAUAUCUCAAGUUCUAAAUGAGUCAAACUAUACUUCAUGGAGCAGAAACAUGAGUAGAGCCCUUCUCUCCAAAAAUAAACUGAAAUUCAUAGAUGGAGGAAUCACAAGGCCAAUAAAUGAUGACAGCCUAUUUGAUGCUUGGGAAAGAAUCAAUAUGAUGGUACUAUCUUGGAUUACUAAGACACUCUCACCUCAAAUAGUAGAGAGCGUAAUAUAUGUAGAAAAUGCACAAGAACUAUGGGAAGAAUUGAAAGAGAGAUUUUCUAAGGGUGAUCACUUCAAGUUUUCAGAUUUACUCCAAGAAAUCCAUUCCAUUAAACAGGGUGAAAGAACUGUGAACCAGUAUUUUACAGAUUUAAAGACUUUGUGGGAAGAAUUAGAAUUUUUAAGACCCAUUCCAAGCUGCAGUUGUAAAGUUCCUUGCAGUUGUGAUCUAUCCAAAAACUCACACAAGUACAGAGACAUGGAGCAUGUUAUAUGUUUCUUAAAGGGCUUGAAUGAAUGCUACAGCACUGUCAAAACCCAGAUAUUGCUUAUGGAGCCCCUACCCAAUAUUAAUCGUGUUUUCUCACUCAUCAUACAACAAGCAAGACAAGAGAAACAUGAUCUCAGUCAAAGCGACAUCAAAGUUCUUGCAAACACCACUGAGAGACAAAACCAGUGGAAGAAUAAUCAGGGAUCGAAGGCCUAUGGGCGUGGAAACCCUCCCAGAAAUCAAGGAAGAGGGAGAGGGAGAAACCCCAACUACGGGAAACAGUGUUCCCACUGUCAUAAGAUGAACCAUACCAUUGAUGAGUGCUAUUCCAAGCAUGGAUACCCACCUUGGUACAAAAGAAAUGACAGCAACAGUGAGAACAGCGCUGGACAGAAUGAAUGGGGAUCAGCCAAUACUUGUUCGACCUCUACAGCAACACAGAACAAUCCACAAAAGUGCCAUUCAAAGUUUCUUUCACCCAUGAGCAGAUGCAGAGGAUACUACAAUGCUGGAAAAAGGCUGACAGCCCAUCCCACAGUAUCAGUCAAAUCAAUAAGGACAGUUCCAGAGGACACACAAUUUGGUUAUGUUCUCAUGGAUCAUAGAUACAGGGGAAACAGACCUACGUGA